CCGGUCUCGGGUCAAAGUUCAAAAGAAGUCUGCAGUGCGUGUUCCGCUCCUGCCGGGUUUUUAAUUUCUUUAUUUUGGAAUAGGUGGUCUUUCGUUUUAAUUCCUUCAGAAAGAUGGCCUCAGAUUCAGGCUACGGUCAGCCUGGCGCUCAACAAAGCUACGGAUCUUAUGGCGGAUCCCAGGCCUAUCAAGCUGGACAGCAGGGAUAUGGUCAGGGUAAUGGGAGCGGCUCUUACAGUGGACAGAGUUACAGUGGUUAUGGACAGCCUAGUGGAGAGAGCUAUGGCCAGUCGUCUCAGGGUUACUCCUCUGGUGGUUAUGGUCAGCAGCAGCAGCAGCAGCAGCAGCAGCAACCGCCGCAGCAGCAGCAGGGCUAUGACAGCUACGGACAGCAGGGAUCCGAAUCCUCGUCCGGUUAUGGUGAUAAGUCGUAUGGACAGCAGCGAUCUUAUGGACAGCAGUCAGGAGGAGGUGCUGGCGGAGGAGCGUACGGGGGGUCUCAAGGUGGAUAUGCGCGACGCAAUGAAGGUGAUAGCCGGAGGUUUGGCGAUGACGGUGGCUCGGACAGGUCGGAGGGUUUCAGGGGCAGAGGUCGUGGGGGUUAUGACCGCGGAAGCUACGACAGAGGUGGCCGCGGCGGCCCACCCUCCGGUAUGGGUGGUGGUGACCGUGGUGGCUACAAAAAUUACGGUGGAGCCAGAGACUACAGUCAGAAGGAUGAUGGGGAUGGCAAUCAGGAUAACUCUGACAAUAACACCAUCUUUGUCCAAGGUCUCAGUGAAGACGUCACUACUGAGGAAGUGGGUGACUACUUCAAACAAAUUGGAAUCAUUAAGGUCAAUAAGAAGACCGGCAGUCCUAUGAUCAAUCUGUACACUGAUAAAGCCACCGGACGACUGAAGGGUGAAGCCACGGUGUCCUUUGACGAUCCUCCCUCAGCCAAAGCUGCCAUUGACUGGUUUGAUGGAAAAGAGUUCAAAGGAAAAGCCAUCAAGGUGUCGUUUGCUACCAGAAGAGCUGAAUUCACCCAGAGAGGAGGAGGAGGGGGAGGUGGAGGAGGAGGACGAGGAGGAGGACGCGGUGGUGGUUUUCGAGGCAGAGGUAGCUUUGGUGGAGGUCCCUCGUUUGAUGUCAAGGGUGGAGACUGGCCUUGUCCCAACAGCUCUUGUGGCAACAUGAACUUCGCUAGAAGAUACGAAUGCAACAGGUGUGGAACGGCAAAGCCAGAAGGUGAUAGCUGUGGAGAUGAUCGUGGCGGUCGAGGCGGGUACGGAGGAGACCGCGGCGGAUUCAGAGGCGGCAGAGGAGGAGGAGGAGGAGGCUUCAGGGGUGGAGACCGCGGAGGAUACAAGAUGGGCGGAAGGGGAGACCACAGAGAGGAGAGACGGGGCCGGCCGUACUGAAGCCAUUCCAGACCGGUGUUUAUUGUGGGGUGGGGGGAGAGGUUUGUGUCCGAAGUCCUUUCUGUUGCAUGAGCAUAUACUGUCUGAAACGAGCAGUUUUCCCAUAAAUGUUGAAUCUACUCUGAGGGGCUGAGUGAAGGGAACGGGAUGAAUUUGAUCUCUGCCACUUCGUACAGCUUCAGUCCUGUAAGUGGCAGCACUGGCCACAGAUCAGCUUUAAAGGGUCUUUUUGCUCUGGGUGAAGGGGGAGGGGCCAGAUGUUAUUUUUGUUACUUUUUAAUUUCCUGACUCGUUGAAUCCGGCGUUUAGUGUGAUCGAUUUGUGAAAUGCUUAUUGUUUUGUAAAAAUCAAUCAACUCAAAUACUUUUACUGGUUUCUUUUUGUUUUUCUUUUUGCAAAAAAUAUUAAACACCCUUUUGAUCUUA